AUGGCUCGCUCUGAAAAGGUGACGGCUAGGCAUAAGUUACUCCUAAAGGUCACUGGGAAAAGAUAUACUGCAACAACAAGCAAGACAAGGAGAGGAAGGAGAAAGGAGAGAUUGCCGAGUCAGUCAAAUAUCAACCAAGCCAGCCCCACUGGCCCACUGGCCCUCGCCCACAGGACGGACAGGCACCCCCGCGCUAUUUACUUCCACCAUCCCCUCCCCCCCCCCAAGGCAACGGAUACGAUCGCAACGCUUUUCUCCACGAUCACAUCGAAGUCCGGAUCUCAAUACUCGGCGGUUCGAGCUCGAUCGACAUCUUUACCGUGGAACCUAAAAUUCAAGAAGAAGGAGAAAAUCGAGAAAUCGCCCAUUCGCAGGAACCAAACGCAAGGGAGGGGCAAAUUUUUUAGGAUCAGGCCGUUGUUUCCGGUGCCAGUUCAUAUCAAUAGCCAUCAGCUUGCACAGGUCAUAUUCGAUUCAGCCUCAGAUCCUCCUUCAACUCUUGUUUUGUUUCCCUCCCGCACCAAAUUCCCUAAACCGGAAACUCUCGUGAUGGUUGAAUACCGUGCUCCUCACUACCAGUUCCCUCAAAGACCCCUCGGCCCACCCUUCUACCCUUCACCUUCAACAAAGAGCCUCACCAUCAAUCCCAACCUCGCGCCAGCUCCAAAUCCGUACGACCCACAGUCUGCUUCUUCGCAAGGCUCCUACAACACCCACGCUCGUCGCCGGACCUCCUCUUCUGGCGCCUUACCGGCUGACAACUACCCCGCCAACUACAACCCUGGCUACAGCAACGCCGCAAACAACGGAAAUAACUUUCAAACCGUCACAUACUUGAGCCAUCGUUCAGGCUCAAACUCUACAACCUCAAGCAACAGCUCAAGCAGCGGAAGAAUGGAUCAAACUGUCCCGAUCACUCUGCGACGCUCAGGGAGCAAUCAUACCGCCAGCUCAAUUGCAACAACAUCUUCAAACGCCUAUGUAACUUACCUCCGGCGGCAGAAGGCCACAGUUUGGUGCGACAAAUCGCAAUAUGAAGAUCCGCGCCUGGUGGCCGCACAGAGAGCUGCAAAGCUUCGCGCAGCUAUGGAAGUUGUUGGAUCGUCGACAGGGACAUAUCUAAGCGCGGGCUACAACCAGCAUGGUCUUGGGUCUGGAAGCGGGUCCACUGCAUCUUCUCUAAACGCUGGCCGAAGUGGGAAAUUAGGACGAAGCACCAACCACGUAGCUUCAACUGUCAAGAAAGCUUGGGGUGGAAGCACUGAGCCUGGUAUUGCGAAUGGGGCUCUCCCGAGUGGUAUUCCUUCUCGGUUGUCAGCAACAGAGGUCCUCGGCGACGAGGAUGAGGAUGAGACAUUCAUUGUUGGCCCCGGUCUUAAUAAGCGAUCUGGAUCCGGUAAAUCAUCGCUGAAUUCGAAUCAUCGAAAAACAAACCGCAGUUCUUCAAUACGCUCAGACACAAAUAGGACAUCCUCCAUCUAUGGAAAUAACGUUGGGCGGCCGCAUAGAAACUCAAGUGGGAGCACACCGAGCUACUCCCCCACCUCUUCAAUAGCAGAGUCCCAGGAAGGAAAUAAGCCGAAGAAUUCCGGCUCACACAGUCCUCCAGGCCGAUCUGAAUACCGGAAUACCUACGACCACAGCUACCACAACGCCGGAAUCCCAAGAAGAGACAAUACAGUCAGGCGAAGAGGUAGUUUAAACGAGGAAGAUGUGGUGCGAACAAUGACCAUGAGUGGCGUGCGGUUGUUUGUAGCCAAUCCAGACGUGUAG